CAUCGAAUCGAAUACUGCUCUUUCCCUCUUCUUUUCGCUCUUUAUUGUCUUGGAGCGCCAUCGUUGUCUCUUUCCACCGUGCCCUCCUCCUCCGCUAAUCUCUCUCGAUACAUAAAGGGGGGUGGGCGGAUACAAUCAAUCGGACAGCAACUGGGUCUUCUCGAGCCAAUAGGAUAACACCCAAAUCCUCCUGAAGAUAAUUUGAUUGGGUUGGGAGGUUGAAGAAGAUGAAGAGGUACAGGAAUGGUGAGAUAUGGGAAUUCGAGCAGGAAAUGCCGGGAAUGGGGAAUGAUAGUACGGAGGUGAUACUGGGGUUGGACGGUGGGACUACCUCCACCGUCUGCGUCUGCAUUCCUCUCCUCCCCUUCUCCGAUCCUCUCCCCGACCCUCUUCCCGUUCUUGCCCGGGCCGUCGCUGGCUGCUCCAAUCACAACAGCGUCGGAGAGACUGCUGCAAGGGAGACACUGGAGCAAGUUAUGGCAGAGGCUCUUGCGAAAUCGGGCUGCAGUCGUUCAGCGGUCAGAGCUGUUUGUCUUGCAGUCUCUGGUGUUAAUCAUCUUACUGAUCAGCAGAGAAUAGUAAACUGGCUCAGGGAUAUAUUUCCCAAUCGCGUAAGGCUGUCUGUCCAAAAUGACGCUGUGGCAGCUUUGGCAAGUGGAACAUUGGGGAAGCUUCAUGGUUGUGUUCUCAUUGCUGGCACAGGGACUAUUGCUUACGGAUUUACAGAAGAUAGAAGAGAAGCUCGAGCUGCUGGUGCAGGGCCUACUUUAGGUGAUUGGGGAAGUGGAUAUGGAAUUGCUGCGCAGGCAUUAACUGCAGUUAUAAGGGCUUAUGAUGGUCGUGGUCCUCAAACAAAUCUUACGGGCAGUAUCUUACAGAAACUCGGACUUUCUUCUGCUGAUGAACUUAUCGGGUGGACUUAUGCAGAUCCUUCGUGGGCCCGUAUAGCAGCCCUUGUUCCUGUUGUUGUAUCAUGUGCCGAAGCAGGUGAUGAGGUGGCAAACAAAAUCUUGUUCGACUCUGUGGAAGAGCUGGCUUUAAGCGUGAAAGCUGUUGUUCAGAGACUCGGUUUAUGUGGUGAAGAUGGAAAAGAUUCUUUUCCUCUUGUAAUGGUGGGUGGGGUUCUCGAAGCAAAUAAGAGAUGGGACAUAGGCAAAGAAGUCAUACAUUGCAUCUCCAAGGACUACCCUGGUGCAUUCCCAAUUAGGCCAAAGGUGGAACCUGCUGUGGGAGCAGCAUUGUUGGCUUGGAAUACGUUAAUGGAGGAAUGCCGUAAGGACCCAUAGAAAACGAUUUAUUGUGUCUUACAACAAUUUAUUUUAGAGUCAUGAAGUUGUACAGAAGGCAAAAAGCAAGAAUGCCGAUCCAUCAGAAGAAUGAGAAGGGUCAAAAGAAAGAGCAAAGGAGGCAACGGAUGUGAAAACAUGAGAUUUCCGGGGAAACAAUCCUUUUUCUUUUCCCCCUCAUUACGGUAGUGUGCUUUCUAGAUUUGAUAUGGUGAAUAGCUUUAUCUGAAGAAGUAUCCACAGUUAGAUUUGUAGAAGUACUAAGCUGCAAGUGUGACAGUGUCUGUAUUCUGCAGAAAUCGCUCAUUCUCUUUUUCGGUUAACAGAAUCGAUUAUGUUCCGGAACGGAACAUUUUGCCCAAGAAAA